UUUUCGCAUUUGCGCUGCAUUUCACUUUUUUUUUUUGCUUCUUUCUUUUGUUUCAACGAGGGUUCGUUCGUUCGUUCUUUCUUUCUUCCCAGUUUGAGAUCUAGGGCCAAAUCCCUCCCUUCCCUCCGCUUCCCUCGACUAGCCGUUGUAGAUUUAAAUCCCUCUCUCCCCCAUUACCUUCCCUUCUUUUCAGUCUUCGCCUCUUUCUUGACCAUUAGUUCGCCGGAUUUCAUACAUUUCUCCGUUUCUGUUUCUGUUUCUGAGUUAUCAGUGACCAGAAAUGUCGCCGGUGGAAACGGAGAAGAAACCGGAGGAGGAGGAGGAAAAGACGGUGAAGCAGGGUGGAGAGUUAUUGUUCUGUGGAGCAACCAACUGGGAUACUAUCGGUACUAGAGGAGUUCCUGGCGAUUUCAACUUGUCCUCCCCAACACGUCUGCGUCCACUCGUUGGUGUCGACAUUCGCUCUGUAGCUUCCGGUUGCACUUCCUGUCAUUGUGUGGCAUUGGAUGUUGAAGGUCGCUGCUAUACCUGGGGUCGGAAUAAGAAGGGACAGCUUGGACAUGGAGAUUACGUUCAGCGUGAUAGGCCUACGGUGGUGUCUGACCUAUUGAAACACAAGGUCAUUAGAGCGGGUGCUGGGAGGUGCCACACUGUGGUUGUCACUAAUGAUGGCAACUCCUUCACUUUUGGAUGGAAUAAGCAUGGGCAGUUGGGUUCUGGUUCAAUAAAGAAUGAGUUCGAGCUGUCACCGGUCCACUGUCAGGUUACUGACGUCACGAAUGCUGUUUGUGGGGCUGACUUUACUGUGUGGCUCUCUUCUGUUGAAGGAUCUUCUAUAUUAACUGCAGGUCUUCCACAAUAUGGUCAGCUUGGACAUGGAACAGACAAUGAGUACAAUACUAAAGAAAGUUCAGUGAGACUUGCUUAUGGACCCCAGCCUCGCCCAAAAGCUAUAGCUUCCCUUGCGGGAGAAACUAUUGUAAAAGUUGCAUGUGGAACAAAUCAUACAGUUGCUGUGGACUCAAAAGGCUUUGUCUAUACGUGGGGAUUUGGUGGCUAUGGAAGGCUUGGACAUAGAGAGCAGAAGGAUGAGUGGGUUCCCCGUCGUGUUGAAGUCUUUCAAAGACUAAACGUUCUACCUCCUGAUGCAUUGGUUUCAGCUGGUUCUGUUAAUUCUGCAUGCACUGCUGGUGGAGGGCAGUUGUAUAUGUGGGGCAAGAUAAAGACUACAGGCGAUGACUGGAUGUAUCCCAAGCCUGUAAUGGAUUUAAGUGGCUGGAAGAUCCGUUGCAUGGAUUCAGGUUCUAUGCACCAUUUCUGUGGUGCUGAGGAUUCAUGUAUAAGUUGGGGUCAUGCUCAGUAUGGAGAGCUUGGAUAUGGCCCUGAUGGUCAGAAGUCUUCUGCAAAUCCCAGAAAGGUUGAUAUACUAGAGGGUACGCGUGUCGUCAGUGUUGCUUGUGGUUUGGGCCAUUCUCUGAUUGUUGUUGAUAGAACAACUGUUGGUGACCGACUUGAACAGCUCAACAUUUAUGAUGGCAAAGCUUCUGGCGAAGUGAGUGAAGAACCUGAGAGCAAAAAUCCAGCUGUCAAGAAAACUGGUGAAAAGAAUGCUGCCAAGUCUUCUGCUAAGUCAAAGAAAAGGACGAAGGAUGAGGAAUCUGAUGUUGAAGAAGAGGAAGAUAGUGAUAAUGAUGGUGAUGAUAGUGAAGAGGAUGCUAAUGGCCAAGAAAACAAGGGAAGUCAUGGUGGUAGGUCAUCCACUAGAGGUCGAGGUAAGGGUGCAAAAAAACUUCCAAUGGAGGAGAACAAAAACACGGGGCAUGGGCGGGGAUGGACUCCUGUUGAGGAGAAGAAAAGUUCUCAGCAUGGCCAGGGGAGUGGAAAAGCAGGGAAAAGAGAGGGGCCUCACAAAUGAUAGGCUUUUUCUUGUAUCCAAAUCCGAAUUUUGAUCUUCAUAUGGAGAAUUGUAUUGUUUUUCACAAAGGCUGUGCCAUGUGAUUGCUGUUUUUUCUUUCAAUGAUUUUUAUCUUCUUGUGUUUGACAUUGGUGAUACUAUUGUACUAACCACUGGGGCUUAAUUCCUGCCAAUUGAAUGAUGGAUGGAGCAAAAGCUCUCAUAGAUGUAA